ACCAACCCUGUGAUUAGUUCUGCCCAAUACCUAGAAUGUGAAAGGAAAUCAAAAACCAAUUAAUAGCUGAUUGAGGAGAGAGAGUUAGAGAACUGGGUUUCAGUUUUAAGAGCGAAACCCAAACCCACCAAAACCCAUUUUCAUAAUUCUCCAAAUUAAAAAGAAGGCUAAAAUCCUUUCUCUGACUGAGGUUUUUUUUAGAGAAAAAGGAUUGCUCUCUGUGCCUCUGAGUUUUAAAGAAAAACGACUCCGUUACAUCCAACCUCUUCACAAAGGGAGCAGUCCUAAUUGAACUGAGGAAAAGAGCGUGAAAGAGAUCAGGGAUCAGAGCUCCCCUCUCCACUGCAAGCCUUAGCUUUUCAAAAUUAAAGGGUCGGCCUGAUUUUGCUGUGGAUUCCAAAAUCAUACUUGGGUAUUGAGCAUUUACAUUGUGCUUUGGGUGCUGCUCAAGCUUUUAGAGGCUUUUUUCUGAGUUGGUUGAUGGUGAAGAAUGUCGAGAAUCAGAGACAGGACUGAGGAUCUGAAGGAUGCUGUGCGACAGACUGCUCUUUCUUUAGGAUAUAAUGAGUCGAAAUUGGCAGCUGUUUUGGCAUCUUUCAUUAUUCAUAAACCUCGGCAAAGGUCAGCUUUCACCAAAGCUGCACUGAAGACGCUCGAAAGCAUCGAAACUUUGGAGCAGUUUAUGUUGAAACAUCGAAAGGAUUAUGUGGAUCUUCAUCGCACCACUGAACAGGAGAGAGAUAGCAUUGAACAUGAAGUUAGUACUUUCAUUAAAGCAUGCCAAGAACAAAUUGAUAUUUUAAAAAACAGCAUAAACAAUGAAGAAGCAAACUCCAAGGGGUGGCUUGGUGUAAAGGCAGAUGCUACUAAUGCCGAUACUAUAGCACACAAACAUGGCGUGGUUUUGAUUUUAAGUGAGAGACUUCAUUCGGUCACAACACAAUUUGAUCAGCUAAGAGCCAUACGCUUCCAAGAUGCCAUUAAUAAAGCAAUGCCUAGAAGAAAACUUCAGCGCAAGGCCAAUUCCAAUUCUGUAGAUACCUCUAAAUCAAGUACAUCAGAGCUCAAGGAGCCUGAUGAAUUUCAACCUGAUCGUCUAAGAGUCCAACAGCAGCUUUUGGAUGAUGAAACACGUGCCCUUCAGGUAGAGUUGACUAGUCUUUUGGAUGCAGUUCAAGAAACUGAAACUAAGAUGGUGGAAAUGUCAGCAUUGAAUCACCUCAUGUCCACCCAUGUUCUGCAACAAGCCCAACAGAUAGAAGUUCUGUAUGAUCAGGCAGUUGAAGCUACAAAGAAUGUGGAGCUUGGUAACAAAGAAUUGAACCAAGCUAUCCAGCGUAAUAGCAGCAGCAGGACCUUUCUUAUGCUUUUCCUUUUUGUAUUGACCUUCUCUAUCCUCUUUCUUGAUUGGUAUAGUUAAAUUGGAUAAAUAUAUCUUUACUUCUUGUUUCUUUGAUAUAGUGACAAAAAAAAAGGAACAAAAAAAUUCCAAAAUAUUUGUAACAGAAUAUCAUACUUUCUGUAUUAAUUUUAAAAGGAUGGAGCUAGUCACUCUAUUUUAUUGGGAUCA